AUGGAGACAGAGGUUGUAAGAGCAUUUAAUGCUGAGUUGGUAUCCUUGUAUGAAUUACGGCCACCGAUAAGUAAGAAAAAGAUUGUGGAUAUCACAAAGGCAGCAAUGAAAGCUAUCAAAUAUUACAAGCACGUCGUCUUUGGAGUCGAAAAAUUUUUAAUGAAGUGCAAAGCAGAAUAUAAGAUACCUGGUCUGUAUUGUAUCGAUUCUAUAAUACGACAAUCGCGUCAUCAGUUUAAAGAUAAAGAUGUUUUUGGUCCACGUUUUGCGAUUAAUAUGCAAGCAACUCUUUCGAAUUUGUUGAAUUGUAAGGCGGACGAUAAGUUGAAAGUGGUUCGAGUUUUAAAUCUGUGGAAAAGUCAUGAAAUAUUCGAUGCAACAAAGUUACGACCAUGGCUGGAAUACUGCCGAGAUGUUCAUGGACUUGAAAUAGAUGUUAUGAUCGUAGAAAAAAGCGUAAAAGGCGAUCAGGCAGACUUCUCAAUAUAUAGUCGCGUGCCUUGUCGUGGUGAGAAGCGAAAAGUAUUGGAAUCACACACUCCAUCAUCUGAAAACCGAUCACGUACACCACCUAUGCUUUUGCGUGAGCCAAGUGAUGAUGCUGUAGAAGGAGGCGUAAGUGAGCGUGAAACGCUUGCGAUGCUAACUACAAUGGGUUUGGAUCUCGGUGGAAUGUUCACUUCCGAUUCGUCAUUGUUGCAGAAAGUCAACAAAUUGGUAAAUGACAAACUUACCGAACGUCGGGAAUUGGAUUCGAAAAGACAGGGAAAUAUUAAGAAUCUUCUUUCCAAGGAGUUCGAUUAUAGUGAUGAAGAUGAUAGCGGUGACGAUGAUUUUAACCACAAGUUAGAGAUAGAAGCGAAACCUACUGAGUUGACGAAACAACAAAUUAUAGGUAUGGCAGAAGCAGUUCUUCGGGAGCCAGAUACUAAAGAAGAAAUACAGCGUAUGCAUACGGAACGAAUUUCGGCUUUGUCUCAAGCAGCUGCAGCAAGGGUACAGGCUGUUAAGCAACAACAGCAGCAGCUACAACAACAACAAUUACAACAACAACAAUUACAACAACAACAAUUACAACAACAACAAUUACAACAACAACAAUUACAACAACAACAGCUACAACAACAACAUUUGCAACAACAACAACAACAAGGAGGUAUCUCUACUGCAGCUCGUGCACUGUCAACCCAGUCGGGAGCACCACCAAUUACUAUUCCGUUAAAUCCAAUCACUGGCUCACAGACGAACAUAGGGACUGUUCCUCCACUUUCGAUUCCGAUGCCAGGUCAAUCUUUGCAACCUCCAGCAGCAACAAACAUGUUAUCACCCAGAUCAGCGCAACAAUUUUUACUUAAUGCGGGCGGACUAGCCGCGUUUGCACCAGGCAUGCCACCGCCAAAUAUUUUGGGUGCAAUGCCUCCGCAGAUCCCUACUUCAGUACCUAGUGGAAUGCCACUUGCAAGUACCACGAAUGCCAGCAAUCGAGAUCGCAGUGAUGUCGACCAGGACGAUCGCUAUCGCAGAGAAGGAGAUGAUAGAUUUGAUAGUGAUCGGGAUGAGCGAUUAAGGCGAGGCCAUGGUAGAAAUGACAGAAUUAGUGAAAAGAAUGAUAAAGGUCAAGAACGGCGGCGCGGUCGUUCGAGGGAUCAUGAACACGAGGAUAGAGGAAACAGUCGUGGCUUUGGGGAUCCGCAUUCAAAACGGCCGCGACGUAGUCGAUCUCGUGAACAAGGCUUUGGAGAUCGUAGAAGGGAGCAUCGACGUAGCAGUAGUCGUGGACGAAGAGGUUUAUCGCGUGGGCAUCUUGACAGGGAUCGAUCCGAACGUGACCAUAACAAUCCAGCAUACAGAGAUUUGGAGCGGCUGCGUCGAAAAAUGGGACUUCCAUGGCCACCAAAAGAGGGACAUCUUCUGAUAGCAUCGUGUACACUGUGGUUGGGAAGGAUUCCUUCGAACUGUACGGAAAAUGAAAUUCGUCAGGCAGUAGCUGAAGCCGGAGAACCAUCACGCAUUAGCAUUAUACAUUCCCGUGCGUGUGCAUAUGUCACGAUGAAAGAUAGAAAAGCAGCAUUUCGGGUAAUGGAUAGGAUGCAAAAAAAUUUCAAAAUCGGAGAGAAGAAUGUCAAAUUAAAUUGGGGGAUUGGACAAGGUCUAAAGGGUGAAAGAUACGCAGAGUAUUGGGAUCCCGACCGGGGCUACUCGCUGAUUCCACAUUUUGCACUACCUGGUGAUUUGGAACCUCUAAUAGAAGGAGGUCAUCUUGAAGUGGAAUCAUUGCCUGCUCAUCUUGCUGAUUUGUAUGAUGAACAUGGUUUGAAAGGAAAGCAACGUGAGCAAGAUUCAGCUUCUGUUCAAAGUACUUCAAAUAUUCAGUUACCACAAGUAGCUCCAAAUAUACCUUCAUAUCAAUUUCCGCUUGGUCAACCGCCUCGAUUACCCGGGGCUGCUCCGUUCCUCUCUCACGGAAUGGUGCCACUUCCUGGUAUUUUUCCGCCUGGUCUACCUCCUCAAAUACCACUGGCUGGCGCUGCACCAACUCCGAAAUCACAGAACUGUAUACCAACUGAUCCCGAAGGAGCGAAUGCUCCAUCCACUCCUCCACAGGCAUGA